AUGCCAGUGGAGACAGGAGGAUCACUCUCACCACCGAUGAGACAACCGUCUCUUUCCCCAGAGCGAAAUGAUGCUGGACCAUCCAAGAGGUAUAAAAACACUGUAGCGGAUCAACAACGACGUCAAGUAGAGAUGUUAUUGGCGAAUCCAGAUAAACAGAUCACGCUGCCAACAGGUGCAAAGGAGAAGACACUGAGAGCACCAAGAGAAAUGAUGAAGAAUGUUCAAGGUUCAAGUGCAGGUGCUGGAUCAGGUGAAUUCCAUGUGUAUAAGCAGAGUAGAAGAAGGGAAUAUGAAAGACUGAAAAUCAUGGACGAUAAAGCCAGAGCUGAAGCAGAACAAGCGGAAUUCCAAGCUAGACAAGCUGAAAGAGCAUCUUUAGCCGAUUCCAAAACAGCCAAAAACCGAGCUAAACGUCAAAAGAGAAAAGCAGGCAAAAAAGGUGGAACAUCAACACCAACAACCUCCUUUGGAGAGACGAAUAAUGGAUCGGGCGGAAUAGCAAAAAGAAAAUUGGCAGGUGGAUCAGGAGUCGUGUUUAAGAAACCCGGUGAAGAAGAUAAUUCGGACGAAGAUGAUGAAGAGGACGACGAUGGAGAGGAUGUUGGACCUUCGAUAGGAUUACAAGUGAAAUUACCGGAGAUAAUACAGAAUGAGGAAAUGCCCAAGGUCGUAGAAGAAAAGAGAAUCACCAUUGUCGAUGAAGAUUAG